CCUACGGAGUCAAAAGCGGCAACAGGUGCAGCUUCUCUGUGAGGUCUGUGAUUGACUUGAGGGAACUGACUUUAGCUAUGGUGUCUACCAGUAUUUGAUCUCCCCUUACUGCCUUUAAGAAUCAUUCAACAAAACACUUACACAUCCUCACCAAAAGUCAUCGCCAUCAAAAUCAUCCACUGAUUGCGCGCGUUCCAAUCCUCAAACGCCUAGCAAAAGUGCCGACAAGUCCACGAAAGAAGUCUAGUCAGGUAGCUCGGUCCACCAAGCGGAGCUUUGAGGCUGCAAUCGGACUCUCCCCCCGAUUUUGGUGGGUUAGAAAUACCGGCCUACAUCACAAGACGAGGACCAGAGGUGUUUACAUCUUCUUGCGCAAAACUCAACGAGGCCAACCACCACCUCCACACGUCCACUUCGGAUUCUGCCAUAACAUUUACGUUAAAGUUACCUUUCCGCAUACCCAAAGACCAUCCGAGGCAGUGACCAAGACAGGACGGCGGUGAAACUGGUAUAGGAAAGGACAACAGUGCAAAGAUGGGUGCUAGUGUAUCGUGGUUGUCGGGGAUGCUGUGGUCAAAGAAGGAAAUUAGAAUAUUGAUCCUGGGACUUGUAUGUCUUCAUCUAUGCUACCGUCGUCUGUUUUCUACCUGGUGUGGCAAUUACUAAUUAUGAUGGGUGGUAGGAUAACGCGGGCAAAACCACUCUCCUGUAUAGACUAAAGGUAUAGCAUAUUGGCAUCAGUGCAUGCGGGGUAGUUGCUGAUGUAGAGACAGAUUGGAGAGGUCGUUACAACGAUACCAACGAUAGGGUUCAACGUGGAAUCUGUCACUUAUAAGAAUCUAAACUUCAAUGUCUGGGUAAGUACACACACGUCCUUUGUCUCUGCGACUCGGGCUCUGACUGUCUCUUCAGGAUCUGGGUGGGCAAACCUCGAUUCGACCCUAUUGGCGAUGUUAUUAUGCAAACACUGCUGCGGUGAUCUUCGUAAUCGACUCCACGGAUAUCGACCGUUUGGGCACGGCCUCGGAAGAGUUGGCAGCCAUGUUGAACGAGGAUGAGCUCAAGGAUGCUGCUCUAUUGGUAUUUGCAAAUAAACAGGAUCAACCGGGUGCUAAAGGUGCGGGAGAAAUCAGCGAAGCCUUGAAAUUAGGCGAGUUGAGAGACAGGAACUGGAGUAUCGUUGCUUGUUCUGCGGUUGAUGGACGCGGUGUAGAUGAGGGAAUGGACUGGCUUGUCGUAAGUGUUCAGCCCUGGAAAAUUCUCACUGAUGAGAAAAGGGGAGUCUUGAAGCAUAUUCGCUAAUAUUUGGUAUAGCAAACUGUGCAGCAAGAAUCAUAAUUGAUGAUGGCUGCGUCACGAUGUAUAUUUCUCCUGUCGACUUUGGGUAAUUCGAUUGGAGUACCACAUUCUCAUCAUAGGCGUUUGGGAGGAACAACUGGCAUUUUGAUUUCCGGAAUGCAACUUUCACUUGCUUCCAAGGAGGAGUUUGCGGAGGUGCAAGCAUAUAUGAGAUCGAGCUCGAAUGUAGAUUCGGCAGCAUAAGUACGA